AUGGCUUUCUGGAGAGUGGCUGGCUUCGCGCAGCCCUCGCCGAUCGAGCAAAUUCUUGACAAGGAGGAGUACACGCUAGAGGAGCUGUUGGAUGAAGACGAUAUCAUCCAGGAGUGCAAGUCCCUGAACGGGAGGCUGAUCGCGUUCUUGAGAGAAAAGGCAGCGGUGGAGCAGUUGCUACGAUACUUGGUGCAGCCGCCGAGCGACCCAGAUGACCCCAAAAAGCAGUACAAGUACCCUUUCACCGCGUGCGAGGUGUUCUGCUGCGAGGUGGAGGCGGUGUUCAACACGCUGCUCGAGGACGAGGCGCUGCUCGGCCUGCUCUUCUCGCUGGUGGACGCCGAGCCGCCGCUCAGCUGCAAGGCCGCUGGCUACUUCGGCCGCGUCGUUGGGCAGCUGCUGGUGCGCAAGCCCAACGAGAUGAUGCAGUACCUGUCAAACCACGACGAGCUGCUGGGCAAGAUGGUGCGCCACCUCGACGUGACGUCGAUCGCUGACGUCAUCAAGCGGCUCGCUGGCGCCGACGAGCAGAGCGCGAUGGUGUUCAUGCCAAUGCACACGCAGUGGCUGGUGGAGACGCCGCUGCUCGACAUGCUGCUGGAGCGGCUGGGGCCGGGGUGGCCGGGGGACGCGGUGACCAACGCAGCCGAUGUGCUCACGGCGAUUGCGCACACGCAGCCGAGCGCGCUGUCGACCAAGCUGAUGCAGCCGGCGUCGAUCUCGUCGUUGUUCAGGCGCGCUCUAGAGCCUGGCGGUCAGGUGAUCGUGCCGGCGCUGGAGGUGUGCAGCGCGCUGCUGCGGCCGCGCCGCGGGCCCGGCCCGGACGACGGCGCCGGCGGCUCGCCAACGGCCAGCGGCGGGGGCGGGGACUGCGGCGCGGCGUUCGGCGGCGGCGACGGGCCCGGCGGCGGCGGUGAGGGCGGGCCCAGCAGCGGCGGCGGUCGCAGCAGCGGCGGCGCGCUGGCGGCACAGCCGCGGAUCGAGGCGAUGGGCGCCAUGCUUGCAUACCUCCCGCAGCUUGUGUCGUUCCUGUCUUCUCAGGACGCGGGCCAGACGCAGGAGGCGCCCUACGGCCUGCUGGCGCCGCCGCUAGGCCGCGCGCGGCUCAAGGUCGUGGAGCUGCUGGCGGUGCUGCUGCACGUCGGCGACGAGGGCGUGGAGGGCGCGCUCAUCGCGGCCAACGCAAUGGGCCUGGUGCUGCAGCUGUUUGCGCAGUACCCCUUCAACAACCUGCUGCACCACCAGGUUUUCAGCAUGCUCGAGGGCGUCGUCGCGCGCGCCAGCCCGCCGAUGGUCGCGCACACGUUUGGCGCGUGCCGGCUCGUCGCGUGGCUCAGCGGGCUGCCGUCCGAGGUGCUGCCGCAGCCGCGGCCGUCGGGGCCGCCGCCCAAGGGCCCGCUGCGUGCGGGCUACCUCGGGCACGUCACACAGAUUGCUAACCUCGUGGCGGAGGCGGCGGCGCAGAAGCAGGCCGUCGCUGACGCGCUGGUGGGCGACGAGGCGUGGCUGGCGUUCGCGGGCGGCGAGCUGCGGCGGCGCAACGAGGUGGAGGACCUGAGCAAUUGGGAGUGCGGGCGGCCGGCGAGCACGGAUAUGGCGGAGCUCGGCAGCGACGGCGACGACUUCCAGAACGACAUGGACCUGGAGCAGAUGCAGGGCAUGCAGCCGGCGCUGUACCACCGAUACGGCGUGCUGGACGACAACGACGAUGAAGAAGACGACGAGGCGGGCGGCGGCGGCGGCAGCGGCAGCCCAAGGGGCGGCAUGGGCGGCGCUGCCGGCGAGGGCGAUGGCGCUGCUGGCGGCGCCGGCGGCGGCGGCGGCGGCGAGUAUGGCGGGGGCGGCUACGGCACCAUGCUCGCGGCCGCGAUGCAGAACAUGGACAUUAGCGAUGCGGGCGGCGGCGGUGACGAAGGAGCAGGGGCUGGCACCGCGGGCGCGGGCGAGGGCGGGCGCGUGGGCGGCGCCGGGCAGGAGCCAUCUGCAGCGGCGGGGCACGAGGGCGGGGGCGCGCAGGCUGCCGAAAGCGGCUGGAGCUUGCUGGGGCAUGAAGGAAACUUGUGCUUGCCAAGUGCCUAUCCUCCCCAUACGGCCGACUGA